AUAAAAGGGAAGAGGAUUAGUUAUCUUAAAUAUAAAUUUUUGCUUGUCUCCACUUUCUAUAUCAACUGUACAUAUUAGCAAAAACACUAUGAGUUUAAUUAGUGAUGCCUUUUGGUCAUAUCAAAAAACCAAGGAAAGAAAUACGUGUGGAUUUGAGAAAAUGGUUGUCGAUUGAUUCUUGAGGACUUUAACUUCACCUUUAGCUCAUUCACACAUCCCACAAGCUUAUGCUUUGCGAGCAAUUUCAGCACCAAUUAGUUGAGCAGUUUUCUGAAAGUUGGAGGAGGAAGAAGAGAAGAGAAGUUCUGCUCUUUUGUGAGGAAAGGAUGAAUGAGGAGAAUGUGAAAAGUUCGCCGUAUCGGCGGCAUCAGAAUGAGGAUUUGGAAGCUGGUGGGAGUAGCAGCAGGUUGUCUCUGGAUGAUUGUGCAAGUCCGUUUGACAUUCCAAGGACUAAGAGUGCACCUAUUGAUCGCCUGAAAAGGUGGAGGCAAGCUGCGCUUGUCCUUAAUGCUUCUCGUCGAUUUCGAUAUACCUUGGACUUAAAAAAGGAAGAAGAAAGAAAGCAAUUGAUUGCUAAGAUAAGAACCCAUGCACAAGUCAUUCGGGCGGCUGUUCUUUUUCAAGAAGCAGGGAAAACAGUCAACGGGGAUGGGGCUCUUAUACUGUCGGCCCCAACUGCUACCUCUCUUGGCGAGUUUGAUAUCAGCCAGGAGGAGCUGACCUUUAUGUCUAGAGAGCAUGAUUUUAAUGCGUUACAGCAAUGUGGAGGGGUUAAAGGGGUAUCAGAGAAGCUGAAAACAAAUUUAGAUAAAGGAAUUGAUGGAGAUGAAGUAGAUUUGCUUAAGCGAAAGAAUGCAUAUGGAUCCAACACAUAUCCUCGGAAGAAAGGAAGGAGUUUCUGGAGGUUUGUUUGGGAAGCUUGCUGUGAUACAACCCUGAUAAUUUUGAUGGUAGCUGCAGCUGCAUCAUUGGCUCUGGGCAUAAAGACUGAGGGUAUAAAAGAAGGAUGGUACGAUGGAGGAAGCAUUGCUUUGGCAGUGAUUAUUGUCAUAGUAGUGACAGCUGUUAGUGACUAUAAGCAAUCACUUCAGUUCCAAAAUCUUAAUGAAGAGAAGCAGAACAUACAAAUUGAGGUCGUUAGAGGGGGGCGAAGAGUUCCUGUUUCAAUAUUUGAUGUUGUUGUUGGUGAUGUUGUACCUCUGAAAAUAGGUGACCAGGUACCUGCUGACGGAAUAUUAAUCUCGGGUCAAUCUCUUGCGCUUGAUGAAUCAAGCAUGACAGGAGAGAGCAAGAUUGUUCACAAGGAUUCUAAAUCUCCUUUCCUAAUGUCUGGAUGCAAAGUAGCCGAUGGAUAUGGAACGAUGCUGGUGGUAGGUGUUGGAAUAAACACAGAAUGGGGAUUGCUGAUGGCAAGCAUUACAGAGGAUAAUGGAGAGGAAACACCAUUGCAGGUCCGCCUUAAUGGUGUGGCAACCUUCAUUGGCAUAGUUGGGCUCACUGUGGCUUUAGCUGUUCUGAUUGUCCUUAUGAUCAGAUUCUUUACUGGCCAUACUUAUAACCCAGACAAAUCUCCUCAAUUCGUAGCUGGGAAAACAAAAGUUGGCAAGGCUGUAGAUGGAGCUAUAAAGAUCUUCACUGUUGCUGUUACAAUUGUGGUUGUGGCAGUGCCGGAAGGGCUUCCUUUAGCAGUGACCCUAACGCUUGCAUAUUCAAUGAGGAAAAUGAUGGCAGAUAAGGCUUUGGUGAGAAGGCUUUCUGCUUGUGAGACUAUGGGCUCUGCAACUACAAUUUGCAGUGAUAAAACUGGGACCUUGACUUUGAAUCAGAUGACUGUGGUUGAGGCCUAUGUCUCUGGUAAAAAGAUUGAUCCACCUGAUGAUAAAACUGCAGUGCCUCCAGCUGUGUUGUCUCUGCUUCAUGAAGCGGUGGGACUGAAUACAACUGGCAGUGUCUUUGUGCCACAGGGUGGGGCUGCUGUUGAGAUUUCUGGAUCGCCGACAGAGAAAGCAAUUCUCCAAUGGGGCAUCAAUCUAGGAAUGAAUUUUGAUGCAGUACGAUCAGAAGCAUCUAUUAUCCAUGCUUUCCCAUUCAAUUCAGAGAAAAAAAGAGGCGGUGUUGCUGUGAAGCUGGAUUCUGAGGUUCACUUGCAUUGGAAAGGAGCUGCGGAAAUUGUUCUCUCUUGUUGUACAAGUUUCAUCGAUGAGAAUGGGUCGGUGGUUCCUCUGGGCAAUGAUAAGAUGUCCAAUUUCAAGGAAGCAAUUGGAAGCAUGGCUGCUUCGAGUUUGAGAUGUGUUGCUAUUGCCUACCGGCCAUAUGAGGUUGAAAAAGUACCUGCUGAGGAAGAAAUAGAUCACUGGGAAAUCCCUGAGGGUGACCUGGUAUUGCUUGCAGUUGUAGGCAUUAAGGAUCCAUGCCGACCAGGUGUAAGAGAUUCAGUUCAGUUAUGUAUUGAUGCUGGAGUGAAGGUAAGGAUGGUCACUGGUGACAACUUACAAACAGCAAAGGCAAUAGCUUUGGAAUGUGGGAUACUUAGGUCUGAUGCUGAUGCAGCUGAACCAAACCUGAUUGAAGGGAAGAGGUUUAGAGCUUUGUCUGAGGAAGAUAGAAAGGAAGUGGCAGAUAAAAUAUCGGUUAUGGGAAGAUCAUCGCCAAAUGAUAAACUCUUGCUUGUUCAAGCACUAAGGAGUAAGGGCCAUGUUGUAGCUGUAACUGGAGAUGGUACUAAUGAUGCUCCUGCAUUACAUGAGGCCGAUAUUGGUCUUGCUAUGGGAAUUGCUGGAACAGAAGUUGCCAAAGAAAGUUCAGAUAUCAUCAUACUCGAUGACAAUUUUGCUUCUGUUGUGAAGGUUGUGCGAUGGGGCAGAUCUGUGUAUGCUAACAUCCAGAAAUUCAUCCAGUUUCAGCUCACUGUUAAUGUUGCUGCUCUUAUAAUUAAUGUUGUUGCUGCUGUUUCUGCUGGUGAUGUCCCAUUGAAUGCUGUUCAGCUACUUUGGGUAAAUCUUAUUAUGGACACCUUGGGUGCACUUGCACUGGCCACAGAACCACCAACUGAUCAUCUAAUGCACCGAGCUCCUGUUGGUCGUAGGGAACCUCUUGUCACCAACAUCAUGUGGAGAAACCUGUUAAUACAGGCUCUGUAUCAAGUUACAGUUCUCCUGGUCCUGAAUUUCCGAGGUAGAGAAAUUCUGCAUUUGCAGCAUGAGACGAAUGAGAGGGCUGUUAAAGUGAAGAACACCUUAAUUUUCAACGCUUUCGUCUUGUGUCAGGUUUUCAAUGAAUUCAAUGCUCGGAAACCAGAUGAGAUAAAUGUGUUCAAAGGAGUCCACAAAAACCGUCUAUUUGUUUCAAUCGUCGGCCUCACAGUGGUGCUUCAGGUUAUCAUAAUAUUCUUUCUUGGAAAAUUCACUUCAACUGUGAGACUCAGUUGGCAAUUAUGGCUUGUUUCAAUUGGCAUUGGAAUGAUAAGUUGGCCCCUUGCUGCUCUGGGGAAGUUGAUACCUGUACCUGAGAAGCCAUUUGGCGAAUAUUUUUCCAAGAAACUACCAAAACGAAGAAAAAAUCAACAGGAGUGUUCAUAGGCAUUUUACACACACAAAACUUAACUAACCAAUGUAUGUCGUGCUUUGUAAUAGUGGCAUUUAUUUUGCUGCUGUACAGAAAUAUGGUGCUAAUAUUUCAUUUUGUGGAUGUAGUAGAUCAGUAUAAAUAUAUUUCUUGAAUGCCUUCCUAAGUUUGGGGA